GAUAUUCUGGGAUACAACUGCCAUCACUUCACAGGGAGAAUUUCUUCAGGAGAGUACAGUGUGAUCACGUAAAAGGUGUUAUUGGUGGAUCGAGGAAGUAGCGACGGACACGUUUGGUUCUCCUUCCGUUUCCGUCUCUUGGGUGUUAGUUGGCUGGUCCUUUAAGGCACUGGAUCCAGUUUCCUCCCAGUCCUCCUGACCCAUCGCUGCCUGCAGAGCUGAGAGACAUCUGGAUCAGAGAGAGAGAGAGAGAGAUCAGACCGAGUCCUGUUGCUACAGAGAGGAGCGUCACAGGAUCGUAGUCUUUACCACCGGAUCUUUGGAAAUUAGCAGAGAUGGGUCAGAACCGAACCAAGCAGCAGAUAGAGAAAGGCUUAAAGCUGUACCAGGCCAACCAGACUGACAAAGCCCUGCAUCUCUGGACCAAGGUGCUGGAGGAGACCUCGGACCCCCGGGGGGAAGUUCAGAGUGCUGGGGCUGUCUCAUCACCGCCCACUCGGAGAUGGGGAAGUAUAAAGACAUGCUCAAGCUGUGCAGUCUAAAGGUGCCCUGUCUCAGCGAGGGGAGCUGUGCAGUCUAAAGGUGCCCUGUCUCAGCGAGGGGAGCUGUGCAGUCUAAAGGUGCCCUGUCUCAGCGAGGGGAUCUACCGCGGUAAGGAGAGUCAGGAGGAGCUGAGGUGGUGAAGAGUUCCUGCGGUGUGUGCAGGAGCUGAGGGAGCAGGUGGUGAAGUUCCUGCGGUGUGUGGAGGAGCUGGAGAUGUACUGUGGAGUCCAUAGGAGAGAAGAAUCAGCAACUGCAGGCUCUGCCCUGCUCUCACAUCUUCCACCUCCAGUGUCCGCAGAACAACGGUUCCAAGGGCUGCCCCAAAUGUGUCCGUUCCUCCAUGAAGCCUUGGUUUGUGUGAUGGUAUGAGGGAAGGAGGCUACUAGGGUUCAGUAGGAGGCAAGGUGCCUCCACGAAGCCUUGGUUUGUGUGAUGGUAUGAGGGAAGGAGGCUACUAGGGUGCAGUAGGAGGCAAGGUGCCUGCCUGGAACCAGGACACUACAUCAUGUCAAUGGGAUUCCCCUGACUCUCAGUCACUCCUUUUUCGGACAAGGACAGAUACCAGUAGUUUAAGAGCAUCCCGCGAAUCUGCACCAGAUUUUGUCCUUUAUUUUGUAUUUUUCUCCAGCUACCGGUUCGGGUAGCAGACCAGCGGUUUUCCUGCAUUGUAAAGCAGCAACCACAGACACAAAGCCAUGCUCUGUUUGUUUCUAUGGCAGAGGCUGUGGUAAACCCAGAGACAUAAGAAAUACAAGAAGAAGAAGAAGAAAUUCAAAGCCUAGUCAGACUGGUUUACACAGAUAAGGUAGAAUGAUGCAAAUGACUUUGCUUGUGAUGCGCGCCCCUCGAACGAUACCAAAUGUAACAGCCUGAGCGCACUGGACUUGAAACAACCAUACAGAUGAAACCAUGUGACAUUUAAUGUAUUAUCUGACCGCCACUAGUGCUCCCCAAGUCAAAAGUCCAUGUGCGUUAGACAGGUCACGUUUAUAAGUGUGUUAAAUCUGUUGAUGAAGAUUAGGAAAAAUUCAACCAAUCAUUUGCAUAUUGAAUAAUAAUAAAUUGCAAAGAUAUUUAUUAUUCUCAUUUAUUUCUGUGAAAGUGUUUUGACAUUUCUAAAUCUGAUUGAUUCUACUGUUUAUUAGCAGUAACACCAUGUGGGUCGUUAUUACACCAUGUGGGUAGUUAUUACACCGUGUGGGUAGUUAUUACACCGUGUCGGUAGUUAUUACACCAUGUGGGUAGUUAUUACACUGUGUGGGUAGUUAUUACACCGUGUGGGUAGUUAUUACACCAUGCGGGUAGUUAUUACACCGUGUGGGUAGUUAUUACACCAUGUGGGUAGUUUUUACACCAUGCGGGUAGUUAUUACACCAUGUGGGUAGUUAUUACACCAUGUGGGUAGUUAUUACACCAUGUGGGUAGUUAUUACACCAUGUGGGUAGUUAUUACACCAUGUGGGUAGUUAUUAAACCAUGUGGGUAGUUAUUACACCAUGUGGGUAGUUAUAACACCAUGUGGGUAGUUAUUACACCAUGCGGGUAGUUAUUACACCAUGCGGGUAGUUAUUACACCAUGUGGGUAGUUAUUACACCAUGUGGGUAGUUAUUACACCAUGCGGGUAGUUAUUACACCAUGCGGGUAGUUAUUACACCAUGUGGGUAGUUAUUGCAUGUUUUCUUUGCAAAGCAGAACAAGUAAAUAAUACUUUGAUCAAUACACAAAUGGGUUUUGAUUAUCGAAAGUCACACUGUAUGAUUUUUUAUUUAUUUAUUAAUAUCAAUAUUUUUGUCAUCAUUUAUCCAAACAUUUCCAAUUAAUUUCAGCAUAUUGUGAGAAGUAUAAAGCACAUUCAUUAGCCUACAACAUCAUGUGAUCAACAACCCUAACUAACCCUUACUGGGUUUAGUAUAAUUUAUCGUUUUUGAUCAUAACUAUGUUUCAUGUGUAAGGAAUAUAUUUACUCAGAAGACAAGCUUACGUUGCAACAGCAUUGUCCCAAAUGGCUCAACAAUCAUCCCUUUCAACAUGUUAAAUGUUAAAUGUAAUAAUGAUUAGCUGGUUUUUUCCCCCUCCAAAUCCCAAUGUUUAUUAUGAUAUUGAAUAUAAUAAAACAUUUAUAAAACGAUUGUGUUUAUUCUUGUUAUGAUUUUGUUACAUUUAUAACAAACCCCAUUUAGAGAUACUAACACUGUAGCUAGAGAUAACAUGGUUGAAGAGAACUUUGUUUGAACGUUUGACCUUUUACCUAGUUGGUGUUAAAAGUUCAGAUAAUAAUCUCCUCACAUCUGAAUAUGAUUGUCUAGCUAAGCCUAAUGACCUGUUUGCUAUUGCUGGUAACGAUACAGAUCAUUGUUCCGUCAACGGUUUAAAGUAAACUACCUCAGAUUGUCUUUCUCCGAGCCUUGCCCCUCUCAACCACAUUUCUGCAGUAAAAAACACGGUCCACGUAAUAUAUCCCCUUUAGCAAUACAUCGUGUUUAGGGAAUUUCACCAAAUAUCAUAACAUGAUACUCCUCACUGAUAAGAAUCGUUCAAUGUUAGACAGUCUCUAACAUAGAUAUUUUUUGGUGAAACUCCCACCUCAAGUACCAUGUGGACAGACAUCAUACCAUCUACUCUACAUACAUGCGUACCUUCUAUGAUCAAAUAAAAACAAUGUUCUCAAGCUGUAUUGACCACAGUGAUUUCUCUACACUAUUGACCCCCUUUUAAGCAUGUGAGAACAAGCUGUCUAAAACAGGUACAUCUAUAGACAGGUUUCAGGAAGAACAAACUAAACGUGGACAUACAGUAAAUGUCAUGACUCACUCCACUCCAGGCAGUGUGGUUGCAACAACCCUUUCCACCUGAUGGUUAGUUACGGUAAGGACCAAUUCACUAGCAAUGAGGAAGUGAUACUCUACAUCCAAUCAAUUUGCUCUGAACUUGAACUAAACAGGUCCAGCUAGUCUGUCAGCAUUGACAAAGGUUUACACCAACAUCACUGAGAUCACAAAACAUUUAGUUGUUAGAGAGGUGAGGUUGCAGGAACCGAAUCUAGAAUAUAAUCUCUUUAUUCUAGGGUAGUAAGGUUGCAUGAUCACUAGAAUCAAAUGACAGCAAAACCAGUAAGACUAGCUUCACUCUCUGAGCAGGACCUGCUUUGUCCGGUGUGUUGUGAGGUGUUCAGCCACCCCGUCCUUCUGAAAUGUGGCCAUAACUCUUGCAAGGAGUGUUUACAGAAGCUGUGGGAAUGGAAAGGAGGCAGAGAAUGCCCCGUGUGUCAGACCGCGUCGCCCUCGGCGAGGCCUCCUAUCAACCUGGUCCUGAAGAUAGCAGCCGACAGGUUUACAGAGAGCAGGGCACGACCAGGGGGAGAGUGCCUUCUUCACAACGAGAAGCUGAAGUUAUUCUGUCGCGACGACGAGGAGCCCAUUUGUGUCGUCUGUCAGGCGUCCAAACAACACAAAGUACAUGCGUGCUACCCCGUAGAGGAGGCUGCCCUUGAGAGAAAGAUAGAGGUCUCAGCCAAGCUUGAUUCAUUGCAGAAACACCUGAAAAUACUCAACAAGACUAAAGAGGAUUGGGAAGAAACCAAAUAUUACAUAAAGAGCCAGGCGGACCAGACGGAGCGACAGAUGAAGGAGGAGUUUGAGAGGUUCCACCAGAUCUUGAGGGAGGAGGAGAAGAACAGAGUGGCCAAGCUGAGACAGGAAGAGGAGACGAACACUCAGGUGAUGUGUAUCAAGCUGGAGUACAUCAAGGAGAGGAUCGCAACCGUCACAGACGCCAUCGGUGAAGUAGAGACGGCUGUACAAGCGGAUGACGUGAAGUUUUUACAGGACUACAAGAAAACAAAAAGCAGGACCAAAUGCCCCCUGGGAGAGCCAGAGUGUAUCAGAGGAAUCCUGAUAGACGCUGCCAAACAUCUGGGAUCACUCAAGUUUGAAAUCUGGAAGAAGAUGGCAGACAUUGUCCAGAAGGUCCCCAUAACGCUGGAUCCCAACACAGCCCAGUCCAACCUCAGCUUCUCUGAGGAGUUCAGCAGUGUGAGGUACAGCAGUAAGAAACGCCUGCCAGACAACCCCGAGCGCCUCGCUAGCCGCAUCUCGGUCCUGGGAGCUACAGGGUUCACCUCUGGAAGACACAGCUGGACCGUAGAGGUGGGCCAGAGCAGGGACUGGUACAUCGGAGUUGCCCGAGAGUCCAUCAAACGCAAGUCCGCCAUCUUCCUCAACCCUGCUGAGGGAUUCUGGGUAAUCGGGUUGUGUAACGGGGAGACGUACUGGGCCCAGACGUGCCCGCGGAUGCGCCUGGCGGUGAAGAGAGAGAGGAAGCCAUGGAGGAUCACUGUGGAGCUGGACUACGACCGAGGGAAGGUGCUGUUUCUGAACGCAGUGGACUCAACGCUGAUACACAUGUUCAGAGAGAAGUUCACUGAGAGGAUCUUUCCUUAUUUUUCUCCUGGGAUGUAUGAGGAGGGAAACACCUCCAGUCCACUGACCAUCUGUCCCCUGACUAUAGCUGUAGAGGUACUGGACCAGAUCAAAAUACCAUAACUACCAUGACACCUCCAGUCCACUCACCAUCCGUCCCCUGACUAGCCAUUUGUAAUCACCAUCACUGUUCAGUACUCAAGUGUGCAAAAGAUGUAUAGUCAACCAUAUUCAAAUCAUAGCCAUUGAUAAAGGUCAGAAAAUGUUUAGUAGCAAACCAGUUAGUGGAUCUAGUAUAUGUGUAGGCAUGUGUGUUUACAAUAAACUUUGUGUACUUAUAAAGGUAUAUGCUGUACUUAUAAAGGUAUAUGCUGUACUUAUAAAGGUAUAUGCUGUACUUAUAAAGGUAUAUGCUGUACUUAUAAAGGUAUAUGCUGUACUUAUAAAGGUAUAUGUUGUACUUAUAAAGGUAUAUGCUCUACUUAUAAAGGUAUAUGGUGUACUUAUAAAGGUAUAUGCUGUACUUAUAAAGGUACCCUUAUAUGGUGUACUUAUAAAGGUAUAUGCUGUACUUAUAAAGGUAUAUGCUCUACUUAUAAAGGUAUAUGGUGUACUUAUAAAGGUAUAUGCUCUACUUAUAAAGGUAUAUGGUGUACUUAUAAAGGUAUAUGUUGUACUUAUAAAGGUAUAUGCUCUACUUAUAUAGGUAUAUGCUCUACUUAUAAAGGUAUAUGGUGUACUUAUAAAGGUAUAUGGUGUACUUAUAAAGGUAUAUGCUGUACUUAUAAAGGUACCCUUAUAUGGUGUACUUAUAAAGGUAUAUGCUGUACUUAUAAAGGUAUAUGCUCUACUUAUAAAGGUAUAUUGUGUACUUAUAAAGGUAUAUGGUGUACUUAUAAAGGUAUAUGGUGUACUUA